CCCGAAUUUUAGGUUCAGGUUCGAUCAUAAUAAAUGAACGGUUGGAUGGACGAUGUAGGAAAAACUCCAAUAAAACCAAAUCAGGUUAAGGAUCAAGGCCUAAUUUAUUGACGCAACCCAAAUCAAUCAUUGCCUGGCAUAAGGGUUUAACUGUGGAGGGGAGAGUUUUGGUAAGGUAGAUUUUUUUUUCAUGUCCUCAGCAGGCGGGGGGCGGCAGCGCGACGAGUCUCGUGGAAAGGUUUUCAGGAUUGGACACAAAUGGGUCACUCUCGAGAAGUAUCCUACUGCAAAGGAAAUGCUCUUUCGUGUCUCGGUGGAUGGCCAAACCUGCCGGCGACGGUUCGUCUACCUCAACCUCGGGCUUGCGCGAUGGCUACACGGGUGCCUCCAUGCGGCGGCUGUGAACGCCUGGGACUUCCCAGCGAACAGUGUGAAAACAGUGAAUGGUCGCAGCCUCUCUGUUCAAAGGAAUUCCAACCGCCAUGGGAUCUGUAUCAAGCUUAUGGAAACAAACGCGAAGGGCAGCUCGUUCUAUAUUUUAAUCCCGCUUGAGGAACCCUUUACUGGCUGGCUAGAUCUCAUCAUGGCGUUCAGGGUUAUGACCACCACUCCCAACCAAAGAAUUAGGAGCUCAGAAGUUGCCGUGAACCGAAGUGAUGCUCGCGUUGUUUCCGGGGUAACUUUUGCGGAGGUGGCCAGGAACGGACUACCUCAUCGAUAAGGAGAUUGCCAGGUGAAGAGUAUGGGCCAAACUAGGUACAUUGAGGUCAAAGAUGAUGGAGUGAAGCAGCGACUUCGUUUCCUUGAUCGAUGUAUGCUUAUUCAUUUUUUUGACAAGCAUAAUCUUGGUAUCCCAUCGGAUUUUUGGCAAGGAAUAGGUGGAACCUGGCGGAUAACCUCUUCUUUUCUCAUCGGGAAGGGGAUGUUUGGAUGUUAGUUAGUCCGUCGGUGGCAGACGUGGUUGGUCUACAAGGAAUAGACCCCGAAAGGUAUAGGGAAUUUCACGUUACUCUUAGACCAUGGAAGGAGGAAGAUGGCAGAGACUUCCAACCUCAAGGCGGUUUGCGAUGGCUGAUUAUUUUUGGGGUUCCUAUUCACCUGCGAUGUCUGGAAGUGUUCCAAAGAAUUGGGGAUCUUUGCGGAGGUUUGAUUGAUGCGGACCUGGGCAAUUGGGAAACUCCGUUUACGUUGAUUAAAGUGAAAAUCGGCAA